AUGCCUUGCCACCGAUCAUAUGCCGCAUUACGUCUACUUAUCGCAGCAUUGCAGCUGCAAGCAAUUGUAAAAGCCGCACAACCAACGCGUCGCCGAGCACUCGUCGGCGGCCUCGCGAGCGCUACCGUACCAACGCGUCGACGCGCGCUCGUCAGCGGCAUCGCCACAGCGGUCGUACCAGCAAUAGCACAAGCGCGCGUGCGCGGCGCCGCCGAGCUCGACGCUGAGUACUAUGCGCGCAGGGCGUUUGAGAAGGUGACCAACACGAGCCCAGACGUCUUCGACGCGCGGCGUGCACGCGCGGCGCCCGUCGCCGCGGCGGCGCGACCCGUCGACGCGGCGCUGCUGGCGGCCGUACGAAAGGAAGGCGUAUCCGCGCUCGCAGCGGCGAGCGGUGCCAGCGCUCGUACGAUCACAGACGCCAUCGCCGCGCGCGAGCCCGCAGCUCGUAAGGCGUUUGCGACGAGGGCGGCGCGCGACCUCGACGCUGGCGACGCGACCUCAGAUAGUGCUGGUGUUGCGGUGCUCGCAUUGUACGAGGAAGCCGCCGAGCGCCUCCUAGACAAGAAGAGCCGCGCCGCCUUUGCGACCGCGUUUGGCGCCGCUCUUAUCGCGAAUCGCGGGCCGGCGCCUGCCCCCGGAGCGUCGUUCAAGUCGCUGAUAAAAGGCGCGGAAGACACGCUCGCCGCGUGGAAAGCUACCGGUUGGACGAAGGACGCGAAGAUUACGUUCGAGGGUAGCGCGGAUCUCGCGGAGGCUGCCGACGACUUUGCCUCGGGCUACGAGGUCAAAAUCUCCGUCGCUCUGGGCGGCGCCGCGUCGUGCCUGGCCGACGCAUGCCUCGAGGAACGGGGCAUUGCCUGGCACCCGGACCCGUGCUGCCUCGCGCUAGCCUCGUACCUGACCCAGUCAAAGGUCUCAUUGACCGCUCCGACGCCCCACAAAUUCGACGAGUUCCUGCUCGACGACGUGUAUCGCGACGACCCGCGGGCGUUUCUGCCCUCUACGUUAUUGGGGUUGUUUGUUGUGGCAAAGUAAUUUGUUGUGCACCG